GGAAGUGGCUGUUGGAGGCUGGGACUGGAGAGCUGUAAGCUCCUGCUGUUUGGUGAGCUCGCCCAUCGCUGCGGGAGCCAGAGUCGCGUCCCCCAUGGCUGUGGACGUCAAGUCGCGAGCCAAGCGUUAUGAGAAACUGGACUUCCUCGGGGAGGGACAGUUUGCCACGGUUUACAAGGCCAGAGACAAGAACACCAACCAGAUUGUCGCCAUUAAGAAAAUCAAACUUGGACAUAGGUCAGAAGCUAAAGAUGGUAUAAAUAGAACAGCCUUAAGAGAGAUAAAAUUAUUACAGGAGCUAAGUCAUCCAAAUAUAAUUGGUCUCUUGGAUGCUUUUGGACAUAAAUCUAAUAUUAGCUUAGUCUUUGAUUUUAUGGAAACUGAUCUAGAGGUAAUUAUAAAGGAUAAUAGUCUUGUGCUGACACCAUCACACAUCAAAGCCUACAUGCUGAUGACCCUCCAAGGGUUGGAGUAUUUACAUCAACAUUGGAUCCUACACAGGGAUCUAAAGCCAAACAACUUGUUGCUAGAUGAGAAUGGAGUUCUAAAACUGGCAGAUUUUGGCCUCGCAAAAUCAUUUGGGAGCCCCAAUAGAGCCUAUACACAUCAGGUAGUGACCAGGUGGUAUCGGGCCCCUGAGUUACUAUUUGGUGCCAGAAUGUACGGUGUAGGUGUGGACAUGUGGGCAGUUGGCUGUAUAUUGGCAGAAUUGCUUCUGAGAGUUCCUUUUUUGCCUGGAGACUCAGAUCUUGAUCAGCUUACAAGAAUUUUUGAAACUUUGGGCACACCAACAGAAGAACAAUGGCCUGAUAUGUGUAGUCUUCCAGAUUUUGUGACAUUUAAAAGCUUCCCUGGAAUCCCGUUACAACACAUCUUCAUUGCAGCCGGAGACGAUUUAUUGGAUCUCAUACAAGGCUUAUUUUUAUUUAAUCCGUGUACUCGAAUUACAGCUACACAGGCAUUGAAAACUAAGUAUUUCAGUAAUCGGCCAGGGCCAACACCUGGAUGUCAGUUGCCAAGACCAAACUGUCCAGUGGAAACUUUAAAGGAGCAGUCAAACCCGGCUGUGGCAACAAAGCGGAAACGAACGGAGACCUUGGAACAAGGAGUAUUACCCAAGAAGCUAAUUUUUUAGUUACAGAGAAACUGGACAGUAUUUUACUACUGAAGGAAAAGAAGUCCAGAAGGCAAAUAAUGGAAAAAUAGUAAACAGUAAAUGCUGUAGAAGGAAACUGUAAAUAUUCUACACUGUAAAAUAUGUAAAACUGGGUUAUUUUUAUUAAAUGUAUUUUAAAACAAACAAUUCUCUUUUUUUUAAUUGAAGUUCAAAAGUUCCCAGAAGUAUAGAAUUAUAAAUGCAUUAAGGAAACAUUAAUAAAAAUCACUGUCAGCUG